CUUGUUGGAGGAUCGUCUGAAUAUGAAGGUAGAUUGGAAGUUUACUACAACGGAGCAUGGGGAACAGUUUGUGAUGAUACUUGGAAUAAACAACUAGCUGAUGUGGUGUGUCGAUCUUUGGGGCUACCUUGGACUGAGUCAAAAGCUUAUUGCUGUGCUCAUUUUGGUGAGGGAUAUGGUUCUGUUUGGAUGGACGAUGUUACUUGCGUGGGAUCUGAGACAAGAAUUGAGGAUUGUAACCACAAUGGCUGGGGGGUUCACAACUGUGGUCAUGGCGAGGAUGUAUCUAUAAGCUGUAUUCCGAAAAUGCCUAUUCGACUUGUUGGAGGAUCAACAAAAUAUGAAGGUAGAUUAGAAAUUUACUAUAACAAAACUUGGGGGACUGUUUGUGAUGAUGCUUCCAAUAAACAGCUGGCCGAUGUGGUGUGUCGAUCUUUGGGGCUACCUUGGAUUGCCUCAGAAGUCCAUUGCUGUGCUCAGUUUGGUCAUGGAUCAGGUCCUAUCUGGAUGGACAAUGUCAAUUGUAUGGGAUCUGAGACAAGAAUUGAAGAUUGUAACCAUGGCGGAUGGGGAUCUCACAACUGUGGUCAUGGAGAGGAUGUUUCAAUCAGCUGUAUUCCCCGUAUACCUGUACGACUUGUGGGAGGAUCGACUAAAUAUGAAGGUAGAUUAGAAGUGUACUACAACGAAACAUGGGGGACAGUGUGUGAUGAUACUUUAGGUAAAGAGCUUGCCAGAGUUGUGUGCCGAUCUAUGGGACUACCUUGGGCGGUCUCUGAAGCCCAUUGCUGCGCCAAAUAUGGUCAUGGGUCAGGUCCAAUCUGGAUUGACGACGUUAAGUGUUCGGGAUCCGAGACAAGAAUUGAAGAUUGUAACCACAGUGGGUGGGGGACUCAUAACUGUGAUCAUGGAGAAGAUUUAUCAAUCAGCUGCAUUCCUCAAUUGCCUGUUCGGCUUGUGGGAGGAUCGACUAAAUAUGAAGGUAGAUUAGAAGUGUACUACAACGAAACAUGGGGGACAGUGUGUGAUGAUACUUUGAAUAAGCAACUAGCCGAUGUGGUGUGUCGAUCUCUAGGGCUUACUUGGAUUUCCUCAGAAGCCCAUUGCUGUGCUCGAUUCGGCCAGGGGUCAGGACCUACUUGGAUGGAUGACGUUAACUGUUUAGGAUCUGAGACAAGAAUUGAAGACUGUAUCCACAGAGGCUGGGGAACUGAAGAUUGUAGUCAUGCAGAGGAUAUUUCUAUCAGUUGUAUACCUAGUAUACCUGUUCGACUUGUUGGAGGAUCGACUAAAUAUGAAGGUAGAUUAGAGGUGUACUACAACGAAACAUGGGGGACAGUGUGUGAUGAUACUUCGAAUAAACAGCUAGCCGAUGUGGUGUGUCGAUCUCUAGGAUUACCUUGGAUUGCAUCAGAAGCCAAUUGCUGUGCUAAAUUCGGUCAGGGAUCAGGUGUUAUCUGGAUGGACAAUGUAAACUGUUUGGGGUCUGAGACAAGGAUUGAGGAUUGUACUCAUGGUGGAUGGGGAUCUCACAACUGUGGUCAUGGAGAGGAUAUAUCUAUCAGCUGUAUUCCGAAUAUACCUGUUCGACUUGUUGGAGGAUCGACUAAAUAUGAAGGUAGAUUAGAAGUGUUAUACAACGAAACAUGGGGAACAGUGUGUGAUGAUACUUUAAAAAAAGAAAUAGCUGAUGUGGUGUGUCGAUCACUCGGACUACCAUGGAUUGCCUCUGAGACACAUUGCUGUGCUGAAUUUGGCGAGGGAUCAGGACCAAUCUGGUUGGACGAUAUUAAAUGUCAGGGAUCUGAGACUCGAAUUGAAGAUUGUAACCAUAAUGGAUGGGGAGUACAUAGUUGUGAUCAUGAUGAUGAUAUAUCUAUUAGCUGCAUUCCAAAAAUACCUGUUCGGCUUGUGGGAGGAGCAACUAAAUAUGAAGGUAGAUUAGAAGUGUACUACAACGAAACAUGGGGAACAGUGUGUGAUGAUUCUAUGAAUAAACAACUCGCUGAUGCAGUGUGUCGAUCGUUAGGGUUCUCGUGGAUUGCUUCUGAAGCACAUUGCUGUGCAAAGUAUGGCGAAGGAUCGGGUGUUAUCUGGAUGGACGAUGUUAAUUGUAUUGGAUCUGAGACAAGAAUAGAAGAUUGCAACCAUGUUGGCUGGGGAGCUCACAACUGUGGACACGGGGAAGAUGUAUCUAUCAGCUGUUUUCCUCACUUACCUGUAAAACUUGUGGGAGGAUCCACUAAGUAUGAAGGGCGAUUAGAAGUGUUCUACAACGAAACAUGGGGAACAGUGUGUGAUGAUUCUAUGAAUAAACAAUUGGCCAAUGUGGUGUGCCGAUCUCUAGGGCUACCUUGGAACGCCUCUGAAGUCCAUUGCUGUGCUCGUUACGGUGAGGGAUCAGGUACAAUAUGGAUGAACGAAGUUAAUUGUAUGGGAUCUGAGACAAGGAUUGAAGAUUGUAACCAUCGUGGGUGGGGAUCUCACAACUGUGGUCAUGGAGAGGAUUUAUCAAUCAGCUGUAUUCCGAAAAUACCCGUACGACUUGUGGGAGGAUCUACUAAAUAUGAAGGUAGAUUAGAAGUAUACUACAACGAAACAUGGGGGAGAGUUUGUGAUGGUUCAUUGAGUAAAGAACUAGCCGAUGUAAUUUGUCGAUCCUUGGGACUUCCUUGGAUUAAUUCCGAAGCCCACUGCUGUGCUCGAUACGGUCAGGGAUCAGGACCUGUUUGGAUAGACGAUAUAUCAUGUUUUGGAUCUGAGACAAGAAUCGAAGAUUGUAAUAAUGGUGGCUGGGAAUCGAGUACAUGUAGUCAUGGAGAGGAUGUAUCAAUAAGCUGUAUUCCUAAAUUACCUGUUCGGCUUGUGGGAGGCUCGACUAAAUAUGAAGGUAGAUUAGAGGUGUACUACAACGAAACAUGGGGAACAGUGUGUGAUGAUACUUUGAAUAAGCAACUAGCCGAUGUGGUGUGUCGAUCUCUAGGGCUUCCCUGGAUUGCCUCUGAAACUCAUUGCUGUGCUAAAUACGGUGAGGGAUCAGGUCCUAUCUGGAUGGACAAUGUCAACUGUCUGGGAUCUGAGAAAAGAAUUGAGGAUUGUAUCCACAGUGGCUGGGGAACUCACAACUGUGGUCACGGGGAAGAUGUAUCUAUCAGCUGUAUUCCAAAAUUACCCGUUCGACUUGUUGGAGGAUCGACUAAAUAUGAAGGAAGAUUAGAGGUAAAUUACAAUGAAACAUGGGGGACAGUGUGCGAUGAUACUUGGAAUAAACAACUAGCCCAAGUAGUGUGUCGAUCUUUAGAGCUUCCUUGGAUUGCCUCCGAAUCCCAUUGUUGUGCCAAAUAUGGCGAAGGAUCUGGUCCAAUCUGGAUGGACAAUGUUAACUGUGCUGGAACUGAAACAAGAAUUGAAGAUUGCAACCAUACUGACUGGGCAGUUCAUAACUGUAACCAUGGAGAGGAUGUUUCUAUCAGCUGUAUUCCUUAUAUACCUAUUCGGCUUGUGGAUGGAUCGACUAAAUAUGAAGGAAGAUUAGAGGUGUACUACAACGAAACAUGGGGGACAGUGUGUGGUGAUACUACGAAUAAGCAGCUAGCUGAUAUGGUGUGUCGAUCAUUGGGGCUACCUUGGAUUGAGUCGGAAACCCAUUGCUGUGCUCGGUAUGGUGAGGGAUCAGGUCCUGUUUGGAUGAACAAUAUUCACUGUAUGGGGUCCGAGACUAGAAUUGAAGAUUGUAACUAUGAAGGAUGGGGCACUAACAACUGUGGUCAUGGAGAGGAUUUAUCCAUUAGCUGUAUUCCAAAUAUUCCCGUUCGACUUGCGGGAGGAUCGACUAAAUAUGAAGGUAGAUUAGAAGUGUACUACAACGAAACAUGGGGAACAGUGUGUGAUGAUACUUUGAAUAAAGAACUAGCCGAUGUGGUGUGUCGAUCAUUGGGUCUACCAUGGACUGAUUCUAAAGCACACUGCUGUGCCCGAUAUGGUCAAGGAUCAGGUACUAUCUGGAUGGACGACAUCAAAUGUUUGGGAUCUGAAACAAGAAUUGAAGAUUGUAACCAUAAUGGUUGGGGAACUCACAGUUGUAGCCAUGAAGAGGAUUUGUCUAUCAGCUGCAUUUCUAAUUUACCCGUUCGGCUUGUGGGAGGAUCAACUAAAUACGAAGGUAGAUUAGAAUUGUAUUUUAAUGAAACAUGGGGAACAGUUUGUGAUGAUACUUCAAAUAAACAGCUGGCCGAUGUGGUGUGUCGAUCUCUAGGGCUACCUUGGGUUGAUGCUGAAUCCCAUUGUUGUGCACGAUAUGGCGAAGGAUCAGGUGUUAUCUGGAUGGACGAUGUUAACUGUUUGGGAUCUGAGACACGAAUUGAGGAUUGUACCCAUGGUGGAUGGGGUACUCACAACUGUGGUCAUGGAGAGGAUAUAUCCAUCAGCUGUAUCCCGAAUAUACCUGUUCGGCUUGUGGGAGGAUCCACUAGCUAUGAAGGUAGAUUAGAAGUGUUCUACAACGAAACAUGGGGAACAGUGUGUGAUGAUACUUUGAAUAAAGAACUAGCCGAUGUGGUGUGUCGAUCUCUAGGGCUUCCUUGGAUAUCAGCAGAAGCCCAUUGUUGUGCUCAUUUCGGCGAGGGAUCAAAUGAUAUCUGGAUGGACAAUGUUAAUUGCCUGGGAUCUGAGACACGAAUUGAGGAUUGUAUCCACAGUGGCUGGGGAACUCACAACUGUGGUCAUAGAGAAGAUAUAUCCAUUAGCUGUAUUCCUCAUAUACAUGUUCGACUUGUGGGAGGAUCGACUAAAUAUGAAGGCAGAUUGGAAGUGUACUACAACGAAACAUGGGGGACAGUAUGUGAUGAUACAUUAAGUAAGGAACUAGCACACGUGGUGUGUCGAUCCUUGGGGCUUCCGUGGAUUGCCUCUGACACCCAUUGCUGUGCUCAGUAUGGCCAGGGAUCAGGGGCUAUCUGGUUGGACGAUAUAAAAUGUACGGGAUCUGAAAAAAGAAUCGAAGACUGUAGCAAUAGUGGAUGGGGAUCUCAUAACUGUGAACAUGGAGAGGAUAUAUCUAUCAGUUGUGUUCCCUAUAUUCCUGUUCGACUCGUGGGAGGAUCAACGAAAUAUGAAGGUAGAUUAGAAGUGUAUUACAACGAAACAUGGGGAACAGUUUGUGAUGAUACUUUGAGUAAAGUACUAGCCGAUGUGGUGUGUCGAUCUCUAGGGCUACCUUGGAAUGCCUCUGAAGCCCACUGCUGUGCUCAGUAUGGCCAAGGAUCAGGGCCUAUUUGGAUGAACAAUGUGAACUGUUUAGGACAUGAAACAAGAAUUGAAGACUGUAACCACAACGAUUGGGGAACAAACAGUUGUAAUCAUGGAGAUGAUAUAUCCAUAAGUUGCAUUCCUAGUUUACCCGUACGACUUGUGGGAGGAUCGACUAAAUAUGAAGGUAGAUUAGAAGUGUUCUACAACGAAACAUGGGGAACAGUGUGUGAUGAUUCUAUGAAUAAACAACUUGCCGAUAUGGUGUGCCGAUCUCUAGGACUACCUUGGAUCGCAUCUGAAGUCCAUUGCUGUGCCCGAUUUGGCCAGGGAUCAGGGCCAAUCUGGAUGGACAAUGUGAUUUGCUCAGGAUCUGAAACAAGAAUUGAAGAUUGUGACCACAAUAGCUUUGGAGAACACAACUGUGGUCAUGGGGAGGAUUUGUCUAUCAGCUGCAUCCCAAAUAUACCUGUAAGACUUGUUGGAGGAUCAAGCAAAUAUGAAGGUAGAUUGGAAGUGUACUACAACAAAACAUGGGGCACAGUUUGUGAUGAUACUUUGAACAAAGAACUCGCCGAUGUCGUGUGUAGAUCGUUGGGUCUAUCUUGGACUGCCUCAGAAGCCCACUGUUGUGCUCGAUACGGUGAAGGAUCAGGAACUAUCUGGUUGGACGAUGUUAAUUGUAUGGGAUCUGAGACAAGGAUUGAGGAUUGUAACCAUGGUGGGUGGGGAUCUCACAACUGCGGCCAUGGAGAGGAUAUAUCUAUCAGCUGCACUCCUGAUAUGCCUGUUCGGCUCGUUGGAGGAUCAACUAAAUAUGAAGGUAGAUUAGAAGUUUAUUACAACGAAACAUGGGGGACAGUAUGUGAUGAUACUUCAAAUAAACAGCUGGCCGAUGUGGUGUGUCGAUCUUUAGGGCUUCCAUGGAAUGUCUCUGAAGUCUAUUGCUGUGCUCGAUUCGGCCAAGGAUCAGGGACUAUCUGGAUGGACGAUGUAAACUGUAUGGGCUCUGAGAAAAGAAUCGAAGAUUGUAACCAUAAUGGCUGGGGGAGUCACAACUGUGGACACGAUGAAGAUGUAUCUAUCAGUUGUAUUCCAAAUAUACCUGUACGACUUGUGGAUGGACCAACUGAAUAUGAAGGAAGAUUAGAAGUGUACUACAACGAAACAUGGGGAACUGUGUGUGAUGAUUCUGUGAUUAAACAGCUGGCCGAUGUGGUCUGUCGAUCGUUAGGGCAUACUAGUAAUGCAUCUGAAGCCUAUUGCUGUGCUCACUAUGGCCAAGGGACAGGACCUAUCUGGUUGGACGAUGUUACAUGUUUGGGAUCUGAGACACGAAUUGAAGAUUGUAACCAUCGUGAGUGGGGGUCUCACAACUGCGGUCAUGGAGAGGAUACGUCUAUCAGCUGUAUUCCUAGCCAGACUUCAUCGUCUGAUUCAACAAGUACAGCUACAGCUGAAACAUCAAAAACUCCAACAGAAACUAUAUUUCAUGCGUCAGAAAUAGACCCGUAUGAUGAUAUUACAUCUGAUUCAGCACUAUCUGACAAAACCUCAAGUGAUUCGCUAGUAUCAUUCCAAAGUGAACCUGAUUCUACUGAUUGGCCAUUACAUGGUCAACGAACCACCAUAAAGUCAUAUCUGAUCCAAACAAUACCAGUCAAAUCAAUGUAUCAGAUAGGGAUGAUUUUCUCUAUAGUUUUCACUACUCUUACAUUUGCUAUCUACAUCUUGACAUGGAGAUAUAUAAAAAGUGACCAAAACAUCAUUAUGCUGAAUCUAUGUGGAUCGUUGAUUUUGUCAUAUUUUAUAUUUAUCACCUUGGUGGAAAAAACAAGCAAUGAGGGUCUUUGCACUGCAAUCACGGCGAUCAUUCACUAUCUAUUCCUGGUCACUUGCUUCAGUUUGUUAGGAAUAGGUGUCAAUUACUUUAUGUGUAUUACAGUCACAUUCUACAAAAUGGACACAACAACUAAUUUGAAACAUAAAUCAAAACUUUGCUGGUUCCUGAUUGGAAUAUGGGGCAUCCCCUGCAUUAUAACUGCAACAAAUCUUUGGGCGUUCUGGGGAAAAGGUUAUCACCUGAAAUCUUACUGUUGGUUGUCCAUGGACAGUGGCUCUCUAUACAUGUUUAUUAUCCCAGUCUGUUUGAUAGUCGUGUUGAUCCUGCUAAUAAUUGUGACCUUGGUGAGGGUUUUGUGUGCUUCAAAGGAAAUGACUGAGUCCACAUUUCAGAGAGAGGGGUCAUCUGGAUUGCGAAUACUGGUUACAAUGCUACCAACGUUAGGAAUUACUUGGGUAUUCGGAAGUAUUGUUUUUUAUGAAAACGCACAGUUGUUCCAAUAUAUAUUUGUCAUUGCCAUUUCACUGCAGGUAAAACAUCUUCCGAUGAUUAUUCUAUUAAUCUAAAUGGCAAUGAAAACAAUGCUGUGUUUUUAUUUUCUGAUAAGUGCAUCAUCUCAUUUGGGUUUUAUUAUUUCUGCAGGGACUUGUUAUAUUUAUUUCACUUGUUUUGCUGAACAAAACGGUGAUGCGAGGUUUGAGAAACAAAAACCCAGCCAAUAGUAGAGUAUGGCGUGUCCCUGAGGAAGCCAGAAUGGACAAUGAUACCGUUUCGCAAAGACAGACGAGCUUUGUAAUGCAUGAGCAUGCAUCAACACUCGAAAAUAUAGAGAUGACUCCGGGAGAGGAAAACACGAAAUGGAGAAACCGUUUUCCGUUUAGCUUAAUCCCUUGGAAGAAAAGGUACACAACAACAGAGAUGUAAAAAAAAAGAAUAUUUAUUUACUCGAGUUCAUUUAACAGAAAAGAAACAAGUGAAGAAAGAUUGUUGAUCAGAAUUAUUUUUUUUAUUUUUUCCUCUCUUAAUUAUAAGUUAAUCAAAUGAUUAAAUAUGUAUAUAUUAGCAGCUUGUUAUUACGUGGGUUUUUUUGGAUUGAAAAUCUUUAAAUUUGAAUAAAUAAUUUGUAUAAAUUUCAUUUGAAAAGACAUUUUGUUAAAUUAGGAAGAAAGUUCUUCAUAAACAGUUGAUUUUUUGGUUGUUGCUACAUGUACAUUUUAUAUUGUGCAUUUGUUUAUGCAAAACUGUUAACCCUUUUUACAGAUACUAAAAUACUAAAGAACUUUCAAUGGUCUCUAAUAUUGUUUUAUGUAUAAAAAUUGUAAUAUGUUCAAUAUUAACUCACAUUAUUACGAACAAUUUUAUGAAAGAAUCAAAAUAUAGUGGACUCGCAUAAUCACUGAUUUUCUUCAUACUUGAAAAUUUGAUAGUCUUUGAUGAGUAAAAAAAAGCCAAAUACCAUUUAUUUGUUGCAAUGUGGUCCCGUUGUCAUAGUAACCGAGGAUGAAGAUAUAACAUGACAUUUUAAUGCUUAUUUGAGAACAAAUUGUGAGUAGUGUGUACACCUUGGGGUUUUUAGAGUAGAAUAUAUGAUUAAAACAAUUUUGUAAUUAUUUUUUCAAGAGAAAUAAAAGCAUUUACGGACACAUUUAACAAUAUUAGUCGGCUUGUUAUCAUAGAACCGGUUCUCGUUCAAAUUUAAAUUCUCAAUUGCAUAAUUAUAAUGAUGAUGUGUCUCAAAAAUUUUGAAAUUUCUCUUUAGUUGCCAUUAAAUCACUUUAAAAUUGUGUAUGUCCGUUUAUGUAAGUGGGCAAAACUUUUCAAAAUGGUUUAAAAGUAUGUAAGAUUAGCUAUUGUUUCAUCUUCAGUCUCGAUUACCAUUGCAACGGUAACUUCCAGCACCAAACUUCCAAAAUUCUCCGUUGUUUUACAUCUAGGUGUGUCCAAUCAUGAAAUAUAAAGGAAAUUAUUGACCAUGCGUGUCCAGACCUUUUAUUUAUAAAUCGUUGAUACUAACAUAAAUUUGGUAUUUAAACGUACAUUUCACUCAGAUCGUACUUGUACUUUUUUUUAUGUGAAACUUGUUUGCAAUGAAACUUCGCACAGGAUUUACUUAAACUGUUCAUAUAAGGUUCAUGUGAGUUUAUGUUAUGUUUGUUUGUUUAAUUUCUUUUGGUUUUUGUUUAUUUUUCAUACACACGUUUUGAAGUCUUUAGAGAAGUUAUGUUAUUUAAGAUUAUAGUCAAAUUGCUAUUAUACUUUACUAUUAAAUCACAUAACAUGCACCUAAUCAUUGAACCAAAGUUUAAGUGUUCACCAAAUGUAUUGCUUUACUAUAACAUAUCAUAUAUUUAGUUAUAUGUGCGAACACUUGGAAGUUUUGUAAAGUGUAUAUUUAUAAUGCUAACCAUAAGUAAAACACCUCUGCAAAUAAACAUGAUUUUGACCUU